AACGCGCGGGCACGAACUCCGUGUUGAUUCCCGCACCAGGCACGGGCGACAUGUUCGUUGGCGUUUCGACUGCGCUCCGCCACUUGCAACGCCAAUGCGCUGUAAUGGACGCUCCAGCGCCUUCGCAGCCAAUGUCGCGGUGCAUAUGCGCGCCUGCGCACGCGCAGUACGCAAGGGGUGCAUUGUCGCGGCAUACGCGCCAAAAGCGACCUGCGCGCGCUGCCAUCGGCCACGGCCGGUGCUUUACUAGAAGUACUUGGUAGCUUACCUUGCGGUCUGUACCGGCUGCGGCGUGACGGAGGGCUCCCUGCGUUUGAAACAGCCCGCUUGCAUGGGCACCCUGGAGUUGUGAAAGCGAGGGAGUCUUCCGCUCUGCACAGCGCUCUGCUACGGUUUACAAUAGCGUGGAACACUUAGACACCGUGCUUCACACAGUCUCACACACACCUUGCAUUUAGCCCGCUACAGAGAGCACUAGCUGAGAUGGCGGUCGACCGGGAGGAAUGCGUCUACAUGGCCAAGCUGGCCGAGCAGGCUGAGCGCUAUGACGAGAUGGUGGAGGAGAUGAAGAAGGUGGCCAAGCUGGUGCACGACCAGGAGCUGUCCGUGGAGGAGCGCAACCUGCUUUCGGUGGCUUACAAGAACGUCAUUGGCGCUCGCCGCGCGUCCUGGCGCAUUAUCUCCUCCAUAGAGCAGAAGGAGGAGGCUAAGGGCAACGAGGAGCAUGUCCAGCGCAUUCGCAAGUACCGCACUGUGGUCGAGGAGGAGCUCAGCAAAAUCUGCGCCAGCAUUCUGCAGCUGUUGGACGACCACCUGAUCCCCACUGCCUCCACUGGCGAGAGCAAGGUGUUCUACCUGAAGAUGAAGGGCGACUACCACCGCUACCUGGCUGAGUUUAAGACCGGCGCUGACCGCAAGGAGGCUGCCGAGCACACCCUGCUCGCGUACAAGGCCGCGCAGGACAUUGCCCUGGUGGACCUCCCGCCUACGCACCCCAUUCGCCUGGGCCUGGCCCUCAACUUCUCCGUCUUCUACUACGAGAUUCUGAACUCGCCCGAGCGCGCGUGCCACCUGGCCAAGCAGGCGUUCGACGAGGCCAUUGCCGAGCUUGACUCGCUGGGCGAGGAGUCCUACAAGGACUCGACGCUCAUCAUGCAGCUGCUGCGCGACAACCUCACACUGUGGACCUCCGACAUGCAGGACCCCGCUGCCGGUGACGACAGAGAGGGCGCUGACAUGAAGGUUGAGGACGCUGAGCCCUGAAAGGAGCUUCUGCAGCAGCCGGGGCCGGGUCAGUAGCCUGAAGCUCGUUCUACACGUAAUACGGGGAAUCGUUUUUAGGGUUUGGGAGUGGGCCUGUUCUGAAGUGCACGCUUCAAACAUGGCUGCACGUGUGGUCCACGCACGGUGUUCGUCACAUGCAUUGUUGUCGUGGCUACCCGGGGUCGAUAAAUUCUUUGCCUCAGGUGACUGGUCCCACACAUAGGCGGGGAGAUCCGGUGGGGAGUUGCGCUUGUCGAGGUCGGCGUGAAGUGGCGUUACAGCUAUCUCGUCGGAGAACCCUAACUACGAGAGUGGCGGGUCCGAAGACGUGUCAUGCAAAACACGUUGUGUGGGUGCGUACAGAGGGCCUCUUGACAUUGUGUUGGCCAUCACGGCCCAAUGCGCACGUUGACGAGUCCGGGUACAUUCCGUAAAUUCAAUCGCAAUGCGUAGGUUCUUAGACAUUAGACCGCCAUGAGUGGUGGGGCCGACUGCAUACGUUGGACCAGACCGUGGCGCUGGCGCUGUGAGAUGGAACAUAUGUGAAGUGCGUGAGGCGUGUUGAAGCGCACUAAUGCUUGCAAAAUGGCUUCCAU